AUGGGGAGCCGAGGGUUUGGGGCGGCGAGGAGGAACAGUAAAGGUAGGCUGGGGAGUGUGAGUGAUUACUGUGUGCAUCACUGCAUUUGCCCAGUCGUGGUGGUGCGUUAUCCGGAUGAUAAGGAAGGUGGGAUUGAAGAAGGGAGUUCGAAGAAAGGGAUUUCUUUGGUAGAUGAGUGUGAGCUCCAUCCCGUGCCGGAGGAGCAGGAAGAGUUUCACGAUGGUUCUGAUGAACAAAAAGGUUUGAAUUUGCUUCCUUCUCAAAUGAUUUGGAUUAUAUUUGAAUCCCAAUCUUGCUGA